AUGAGCAGUAACGGGGAGAAGCCAUCGGGAAACGAGAACGACAAGAAGAAUCCCUCCAGCAUAGAGGACAGCCCGUCAGACGAUAAGAUAGAUGAUGGUUCAGCCUCGACGGGAAGCAAUAGCGGUGCGAUCACGGAAGAAUUGUCGCAGCCCGGAAGUAAACCCAGCUCCGUGGGCGCGACCGUCAGAGAAGAAACCCAGAAGCUGUUGGACCUAGCGGCACGCAGGGAAUGGGCCGUCGUGGACCAGCUGCUGAAGUCUUUGGAGAAGACUGUGCAGGGCGCUGGGAAGGAUGGCUUUAUCGUACCGCUCGCCGGUGUUUUGGACACGACGACAGGGAUGACACCGUUGAUGUACGCAGUGGAGGACAACCGAAUUUUUACAUUACGUCCGUGUAUACACGAGGCAUCUUACAAGACACAUUGUUCAACGGAUAGUUACAGACGGAAUGAAUCUCUUACGUGCGAUCGAAGUAACAAGUAUCAGUCCGAUUGGAGGCUCGUCCUCUUCAAGCUCACCUACGGCAUUUAUAUGUUGGUAUCGGUGGUGAUGCUUAUUAAUCUCCUAAUCGCCACAAUAAGCAAUAUCUACCAGCGAAUACAGGCGCAAUCGAACACCGAGUGGAAAUACGGACUGAGCAAGCUCAUUCAAAGAAUGAACAGCACGGAUCACCACCAAAAAAAAAAAUUCGUGGACAUUGGCUACGUAGUUCAACGUCGUUCUGUGGGCAUAGAGGCGCUAAAACCAGCUCAAUCGCCGGUCGCCCGUCGCAGCAGGCUGUCGCAUCACUCGCAGCUAAAUCGCGGGGCGGGCAUGGCCGCUCUCAGGAUCCUCUCUAGUCUCUGUUUCUACUCAAUUCUAGAUUUUUCUAACGAUAGUCACGAUGCAUGA